AGGGGCGGUGGGAGCAGAGGAGGUGGCUCCUGCCUGGGUGAGGGCUCUGGGGUCCCUGCCUGAAGAGGGAGAGGGGAUCUGGGCUUGGGGCAGGGGCUCUGGAAUGCAGCCCCCUCCACUGCUGCUGCUGUCGCUGCUGCUGUGUUUCUCAAUUGUUAUGAGCAGAGGGCUGCAGUGCGGGAGCCUCCCAGAACCCUGUGCCAAUGGAGGCACCUGCCUGAGCCUGUCUCAGGGGCAAGGGACCUGCCAGUGUGCCCCUGGCUUCCUGGGUGAGACGUGCCAGUUUCCUGACCCCUGCCAGGAUGUCCAGCUCUGCCAGAAUGGGGGCAGCUGCCAAGCCCUGCUUCCCACCCCCCUGGGUUCCCCUAGCCCCUCCCCCCAAUUGGCCCCCAGCUUCCUCUGCAGCUGCCCCCCUGGCUUCACUGGCAAGAGGUGCCAGGCCCAGCUCGAAGACCCCUGUCCUCCCUCCUUCUGUUCCAAAAGGGGCCACUGCCAAAUCCAGGCCUCAGGCCUUCCGCAGUGCUCCUGCCUGCCUGGAUGGACAGGCGAGCAGUGCCAGCUUCAGGACUUCUGCUCAGCCAAUCCCUGCAUCAAUGGAGGGGUGUGCCUGGCCACAUACCCCCAGAUCCAGUGCCACUGUCCACUUGGCUUCGAGGGUCAUACCUGCGAACACGAUGUCAAUGAGUGCUUCCUGGACCCAGGACCCUGUCCCAAAGGCACUUCCUGCCACAACACCCUGGGCUCCUUCCAGUGUCUCUGCCCUGCAGGGCGGGAGGGUCCACACUGUGAACUCCAUGUGGGACCCUGCCCCCACAGGGGCUGUCCGAAUGGGGGCACCUGCCAGCUGGUACCAAAGGGAGACUCCAGCUUUCACCUCUGCCUCUGCCCCCCAGGUUUCACAGGCCCAGACUGUGAGGUGAAUCCAGACAACUGUGUUGGGCACCAAUGUCAGAAUGGGGGCACCUGCCAGGAUGGGCUGGGCACCUACACCUGCCUCUGCCCAGAGACCUGGACAGGCUGGGAUUGUUCCGAAGAUGUGGAUGAAUGUGAGACUCAGGGACCCCCUCGCUGCAAAAAUGGGGGUACCUGCCAGAACUCUGCAGGGAGCUUUCACUGCGUGUGUGUGAGCGGCUGGGGGGGCAUGGGCUGUGAGGAGAACCUGGACGACUGUGCUGCUGCCACCUGUGCCCCAGGAUCCACCUGCAUUGACCGUGUGGGCUCCUUCUCCUGCCUCUGUCCACCUGGACGCACAGGCCUCCUGUGCCACCUGGAAGACAUGUGUCUGAGCCAGCCAUGCCACGGGGAAGCCCAGUGCAGCACCAACCCCCUGACGGGCUCCACACUCUGCCUGUGUCAGCCUGGCUACUCAGGGCCCACCUGCCACCAGGACCUGGACGAGUGUCAGAUGGCCCAGCAAGGUCCCAGUCCCUGCGAACAUGGUGGCUCCUGCCUCAACACCCCUGGCUCCUUCAACUGCCUCUGUCCACCUGGCUACACGGGCUCCCGCUGCGAGGCUGAUCACAAUGAGUGCCUAUCCCAGCCCUGCCACCCAGGCAGCACCUGCCUGGACCUACUUGCCACCUUCCACUGCCUCUGCCCACCAGGCUUAGAAGGACAUCUCUGCGAGGUGGAGACCAAUGAGUGUGCCUCCGCUCCUUGCCUGAACCAUGCCGACUGUCACGACCUGCUCAACAGCUUCCUGUGCAUCUGCCCACCCGGUACCUUCUCUGGGAAGCCCUACAGAUACACCUUUCCUAGCAAGGAGAAGGACUACACUGUGUUUCCCUCAGUGACCUUGGCCUUCUCUCCCAACCCACUGCCUGCCCCACCAGGAUUCACCGGCACCCGGUGUGAGGAGGACAUGGACGAAUGCAGAAGCUCACCCUGUGCCAAUGGCGGGCAGUGUCAGGACCAGCCUGGAGCCUUCCAUUGUGUGUGUCUUCCAGGUUUUGAAGGGCCACUCUGUGAGACAGAGGUGGACGAGUGCCUGAGUGGCCCAUGCCCCAUUGGAGCCAGCUGCCUUGAUCUCCCAGGAGCCUUCUUUUGCCUCUGCCCCUCUGGCUUCACAGGCCAGCUCUGUGAGGUUCCCCUGUGUGCCCCCAACCUGUGCCAGACCACAAAGCAAUGCCAGGAUCAGGAAGAAAAGGCCCACUGCCUCUGCUCUGAUGGAAGCCCUGGUUGUGCCCCUGCUGAGGACAAUUGCACCUGCCACCAUGGGUACUGCCAGAGAUCUUCAUGUGUGUGUGAUGUGGGCUGGACAGGGCCAGAGUGUGGGGCAGAGCUGGGCGGCUGCAUCUCCACGCCCUGUGCCCAUGGGGGGACCUGCCACCCCCAGCCCUCUGGCUACAACUGCACCUGCCCCACAGGCUACACAGGGCCUACCUGUAUCGAGGAGGUGACAGCUUGUCACUCAAGGCCCUGUCUCAAUGGUGGCUCUUGCAGCCCCAGCCCUGGAGGCUACUCCUGCACCUGCCCUCCAAGCCACACAGGGCCCCACUGCCAAACCAGUACUGACCACUGUGUGUCUGCCCCGUGCCUCAAUGGGGGUACCUGUGUGAAUGGGCCUGGCACCUUCUCCUGCCUCUGUGCCAUGGGCUUCCAGGGCCCACGCUGUGAGGAAAUGAUCCUCCCCAGCUGUGCAGACAGCCCCUGUAGGAACAGGGCGACCUGCCAAGACAGCCCUCAGGGUCCCCGCUGCCUCUGUCCCCCUGGCUACACAGGAGGCAGCUGCCAGACUCUAAUGGACUUAUGUGCCCAGAAGCCCUGUCCACACCACUCCCACUGCCUCCAGACUGGGCCGUCCUUCCAGUGCCUGUGCCUCCAGGGAUGGACUGGGCAACUCUGCAACCUCCCACUGUCCUCCUGCCAGAAGGCUGCGCUGAGCCAAGGCAUAGAUGUCUCUUCCCUGUGCCAGAAUGGAGGCCUCUGCAUCGAUAGCGGCCCCUCCUAUUUCUGCCACUGCCCCCCUGGAUACCAAGGCAGCUUAUGCCAGGACAAUGUGAACCCUUGUGAGUCCAGGCCUUGCCAGCACGGGGCCACCUGCGUGGCCCAGACCAAUGGGUAUCUCUGCCAGUGCGCCCCAGGCUACAAUGGACAGAACUGCUCAAAGCAACCCGACCCUUGUCAGUCCCAACCCUGUCACAACCAUGGAACCUGCAUCCCCAAACCUGGAGGCUUUGACUGUGCCUGCCCUCCAGGCUUUGUGGGGCUGCGCUGUGAGGGGGACGUGGACGAGUGUCUGGACCGGCCCUGUCACCCCACAGGCACUGCAGCCUGCCAUUCUCUGGCCAAUGCCUUCUACUGCCAGUGUCUACCUGGACACACAGGUCAGUUGUGUGAGGAGGAGAUAGACCCUUGCCAGAGCCAGCCCUGCUCCCAUGGAGGGUCCUGUGAGGCCACAGCAGGACCACCCUCAGGUUUCACCUGCCACUGUCCCAAGGGUUUUGAAGGCCCCACCUGCAGCCACAGAGCCCCUUCCUGCGGCCUCCAUCACUGCCAUCAUGGGGGCCUGUGUCUGCCAUCCCCCAAGCCAGGCUUCCCACCCCGCUGCGCUUGCCUCAAUGGCUAUGGGGACCCUGACUGCCUGACCCCACCAGCUCCUCAAGGCUGUGGCCCCCCCUCCCCAUGCCUACACAAUGGCAGCUGCUCAGAGACCCCUGGGUUGGGGAGCUCAGGCUUUCGAUGCUCCUGCCCUCCCAACUCUCCAGGGCCCCGGUGCCAAAGGCCUGAGGCAAAGGGGUGUGAGGGCAGAGAUGGAGACGGGGCCUGCGAUGCUGGCUGCAGCGGCCCAGGAGGAAAUUGGGAUGGAGGGGACUGCUCCCUGGGGGUCCCAGACCCAUGGAAGGGCUGUCCCUCCCACUCCCGGUGCUGGCUUCUCUUCCGGGAUGGGCAGUGCCACCCGCAGUGUGACUCUGAAGAAUGUCUGUUUGAUGGCUAUGACUGUGAGAUCCCUCAAGUCUGCACUCCAGCCUAUGACCAGUACUGCCGCGACCACUUCCACAACGGGCACUGCGAGAAAGGCUGCAACACCGCAGAAUGUGGCUGGGAUGGGGGUGACUGCAGGCUCCAAGAUGGGGACUCAGAGUGGGGACCCUCCCUGGCCCUACUGGUGGUGCUGAGCCCCCCGGCCCUGGACCAGCAGCUGCUUGCCCUGGCCCGAGUGCUAUCCCUGACUCUGAGGGUGGGGCUCUGGGUGAGGAAGGAUAGUGAUGGCAGGGACAUGGUGUACCCCUAUCCUGGGGCCCGGGCUGAAGAGGAGCUAGGAGGAAUUCCAGACCCCUCUCAUCAGGAGAGAGCAGCCCCUCAAACACAGCCCCUGGACAGGGAGACAGAUUCUCUCAGCACAGGGUUUGUGGUGGUGAUGGGUGUGGAUCUCUCCCAUUGUGGCCCCGACCAACCCACAUCUCGCUGCCCCUGGGACCCUGGGCUCCUGCUUCGCUUCCUUGCUGCAAUGGCCGCAGUGGGGGCCCUGGAGCCCUUGCUGCCAGGACCCCUGCUGGCUGCCCACCCUCAUGCAGGCACCGUGCCCACCACCAACCAGCUCCCCUGGCCUGUGCUGUGCUCGCCAGUGGCUGGCGUGCUUCUCCUGGCCCUCGGGGCUCUUCUUGUCCUCCAACUCAUCCGGCGUCGACGCCGAGAGCAUGGAGCCCUCUGGCUGCCCCCUGGUUUCACUCGAAGGCCUAGGACUCAGGCAGCUCCCCACCGACGCCGGCCCCCAUUAGGCGAGGACAGCAUCGGCCUCAAGGCACUGAAGCCAGAGGCAGAAGUUGAUGAGGAUGGAGUUGUGAUGUGCUCAGGCCCCGAGGAGGGGGAGGAGGCUGAAGAUAGGGCCCCACCCUCCAAGUGCCAGCUCUGGCCUCUGAGUGGCAGCUGUGGGGAGCUCCCUCAGGCAGCCAUGCUGACUCCUCCCCAGGAGUCUGAGAUGGAGUCCCCUGAUGUGGACACCCGUGGACCUGAUGGGGUGACACCUCUGAUGUCAGCAGUCUGCUGUGGGGGAGUGGACUCCAGGACCUUCCAGGGAGCAUGGUUGGGAAGUCCUGAGCCUUGGGAACCUCUGCUGGAUGAAGGGGCCUGCCCUCAGGCUCAUACUGUGGGCACUGGGGAGACUCCCUUACAUCUGGCUGCCCGAUUUUCCCGGCCAACUGCUGCCCGCCGCCUCCUUGCAGCUGGAGCCAACCCCAACCAGCCAGACAGGGCAGGGCGAACCCCCCUACACGCUGCUGUGGCUGCAGAUGCUCGGGAGGUCUGCCAGCUCCUACUGCGCAGCAGACAGACUGCAGUGGAUGCGCGCGCAGAGGACGGGACAACACCCUUGAUGCUGGCCGCGAGGCUGGCGGUGGAGGACUUGGUUGAAGAACUGAUUGCAGCCCGAGCAGAUGUGGGGGCCAGAGAUAAAUGGGGAAAAACUGCGCUGCACUGGGCCGCCGCCGUGAACAACGCCCGGGCCGCCCGCUCCCUUCUCCAGGCCGGAGCCGAUAAAGAUGCCCAGGACAACAGGGAGCAGACGCCGCUGUUCCUGGCGGCCCGGGAAGGAGCGGUGGAGGUAGCACAGCUGCUUCUAGGGUUGGGGGCAACCCGAGGGCUGCGGGACCAAGCUGGGCUGGCGCCUCGGGACAUCGCCCGGCAGAAGAGCCACUGGGAUCUGCUGCCGCUGCUGGAAGGGGCGGUGCCACCGGAGGCGCGUCACAAAGCUGCGCCGGGCCGCGAGGCCGGGGCCUUCCCGCGCGCGCGGGCCGCGUCAGGAAGCGCGCCCCCGCGUGGGGGCGGGGCUCUGCCGCGCUGCCGGACUCUGUCAGCCGGAGCAGGCCCUCGUGAGGGCGGAGCUUGUCUGCAAUCUUUGACCGCAGACUUGGCCGCUCGCGGGGGCGGGGCCUAUUCGCAUUGUCGGAGCCUACCGGGAGGAGGCCCGCUCCCCCGCGGCCGUAGGUUUUCUGCAGGCAUGCGUGGGCCUCGGCCCAACCCUGCGAUUGUGCAAGGAAGGUCUGGGGUCGCGGCCAGGCGCGGGGGCAGGGCUUCAGCGGAUGACAGGCCCUGUGAUUGGGUAGCCCUGGGAGCCUGCUGUCCCGCCUCCAACACUUCUAUACCGCCUCUUUGCCUUACUCCGUCCCCAGAGCGGGGAUCCCCUCAAGUUGUCUGGGGUCCCCCAACCCAAGUAAUGCCCUUAAAUCCGGGAGGAGAGGGUCAAAAAUAGAAAGCUACGGGGGGAAAGAGAGGAGGGCGGGUAUUAUAAAAAUGAUUAUCUGUUAAAUGACAGCCAGUCUGGAAGGUCCUCCGGGUUUUAAAAUCUAGCGCCCAAAGAGGGUCGAAAAUGUAAUGGGUGUAUGCCCACUAGAACAGGCAUCGUCUUCCAUGCGGAGAAGCCGCAGUUCUGGAAAAGAGGGUUUAGGAUGCUGGGAUGAGGCAGGCCCAGUUCCUCUCCCUGAAAAUAAGAGUGGAGUAAGAGAACUAACACUAAACUGGAACCAAGAAUUGCAGGCAAAUAGGAUGUAAGAUGUUCUUUCCUGUCUAUGGUUCCCAAAAUGAGCCUCUAUCAUCCAUUGUCCCUACAGCAACGGCCGACAAAUAUUUAUUGAGCACCUACUAUGUGCCAAGCACUGUGUAGAUGCUGAAGGGUGGCCUAGGACCACUCCAGCUGAUGACUCCUUACAUUUCCCCGCCCCACAACAAAGAAACACCACUGCAGGGAUGAAACGCCACUCUUCUAGCCACUGUUAUCUCUGUUUAAGGACCCCAAAUCAGUCAUCCAUAAUAAAGCUGAUUUGAAGUGUUACUCUUCUUUUGGAGGGGUUGAGAAGUGGAAUGGGAAAAAUAAUGGGAGUGACUGCAUAGUGUUUUCAGAAUUUUGUGCCCUAGGCUAACAUUAGAUGGGGGCUUUAUGUAUAGUUUAAGAGCAAGAACAAGUAGAGUUGGGGGUCCAUUGUUAAUCUGGGGUAUCAUCCGAAAGCCAGAGUCUAGUAGCCCAGGGAGAUCCCACACACAUACUAGGCCAUGCAUGUCCUUUGUCCCUCAUCCAAGGGCAUAUAGUUAUAGCCACUUAGAUUCCUAAGGCCUCAAGUCAAGUAGAGGGAGAUGGAGAGAGCAUCUUUUUAAAUUUUUUUUAAUUGACACAUAAUUGUGCAUAUGUAUGGGGUAUAUUUUAUUUUUCAUUUUUUAAUUGACAUGUAAUAAUGAGAGCAUCUUAAAGAAAUUUUAUCCACCUUUCAGCAACAUGUUGGCACCUCUUUAAUGUUGAUAGGCCUGAGAUGUGUAGGCAUGAGGCAUUUUGAAAACUAAUAACUGCCAUUCACUAUGUGCCAGGUGCUAUAUUACAUCUAAUCCUCAGGUCAACUCUGUGAGGUAGGUGCUAUUAAAACUACUUUACUCUUUCAGAAACUGAGGCACAGAGAGAUUUUAUUUGUCCAAGAUUGCAAGGCAUUAAUAGGCAGAACCAGGUAUUUUUUGUUGCUUUUUAGCAGCUGGCCAGUAUGGGGAUCUGAACUUGACCUUAGUGUUAAUCAACACCACGCUUUGACCAGCUGAGCUAACCGGCCAGCCCAGGAGCUGAUCUCUUUCUUAUCACAUUUCAUGCUGCAAGUCACUCAGCUGUAAACCCAUAUAUUAGGAUAUAGCAGGUUGCCAUUUAGAGGUCCCAAAUGUCUAUAUGUCCUGCUACCUCCUUGAUGCCAUCCAGCCUGACUAGGAUUGAUCAAAGACCAGGCCAGAGGGGUGGUCCUCUCCCUUUUCCAUUUCUUUAAAAAAAAAAAAAUGGAAGACUUUUUUUCUUUUUUUUGGUGGCUGGCCCGUGUGGGGAUCCUAACCCUUGACCUUGGUCUUUUCCAUUUCUAUAUCUCUUAUGAUCAAAGGAAGUUUCCCCUGCCCCUCAUCUGCACUGAACUAUUAUUGCCAGAAUGAACCCUGUCCCGUUUUUUCACAUUUGGUGCACAUCUAGUCCCCUGAAUAGACCAUAAACACCUAGAGGGCAGGGGUAAUUACUUGGCCCAUAUUUAUUGGAUACUUAUUGUGUGUUAGACCCAGUGCUAGAGGCAUGUGUAUAUAUCUGAGAGUCCGACAUCCCUGGGUCUGAGUCCUCCGCUUCCCAUUGAAACCAUGCCCUUUCCAGUCCCAGUACAUCUGAGGGAAGCUGGGGAGGAUGUCCUACAACAGGGCCUGUCUUAGGGAGAGAAGGGACCUGGUUUGGGGGAGGGGGAUUCUGAGGAGUGAAACCACUUCCUGUGUAGCUAGUUCCUGUGU